UGGAACAACCAUUCACUGGGAAAACAAGUACUGGUGCCAGAGCCUCCGGUGGCUUCCAAGGCUGCUUUCUGAGACAGGUGCUUCGAUCCUCCUGCUUGCUGCUCAGGAGUCAUUCUGCCCAUCCAUGGAUGUGGUACGGAUUGCAGUUGUUGGGGCGGGCGUGAUUGGGCUCUCCACUGCUUUGUGCAUUUCCAAAUUGGUGCCACGAUGCUCCAUUACAGUGAUCUCAGACAAGCAUACUCCUGAUACCACAAGUGAUGUGGCAGCUGGAAUGCUUAUUCCUCAUGCAUAUCCAGAUACAUCCAUUCACAAGCAGAAGCAGUGGUUUAGAGAGACCUUUGAGCAUCUGUUUGCAAUUGCCAAUUCUGCAGAAGCCGGAGACGCUGGCAUUCACCUGGUGUCUGGUUGGCAGAUAUUUCGAAGCCCUCCUACUGAAGAAGUGCCGUUCUGGGCUGACGUGGUUCUGGGAUUUCGAAAGAUGACCGAGGCUGAGCUGAAGAAAUUCCCCCAGCACAAGUCUGGUCAGGCUUUUACCACCCUGAAAUGUGAAGGCCCUACCUACCUCCCGUGGCUGGAGAAGAGGAUAAAAGAGAGAGGAGGACUAAUUCUCAGCCGACAGAUAGAAGACCUGUGGGAGCUUCAUCCAUCCUUUGACAUCGUGGUCAACUGUUCAGGCCUUGGAAGCAGACAGCUUGCGGGAGACUUGAAGAUUUUCCCUGUGAGGGGCCAAGUGCUCAAAGUUCAGGCUCCCUGGGUGAAGCAUUUUAUCCGCGACGAGAAUGGGUUGACCUAUGUUUACCCUGGUGCUUCCAACGUAACUCUGGGUGGAACUAGGCAAAAAGGAGACUGGAAUCUGUCUCCAGACCCAGAAAACAGUAGAGAGAUUCUUUCCCGAUGUUGUGCACUCGAGCCCUCCCUCCAGGGAGCCUAUGACAUAAGGGAGAAGGUGGGCUUGAGGCCCUCCAGGCCGGGCGUGCGGCUGCAGAAAGAGGUUCUAGCCCAAGACGGUCAGAGGCUGCAUGUGGUCCACCACUAUGGACACGGGAGCGGGGGCUUCUCCGUGCACUGGGGCUCAGCUCUGGAGGCUGCCAGGCUGGUGAGCGAGUGGGCCCAUGCCCUGAGGAGCCCCGCUCUCAAAGCUAAGUUGUAGGUGACAUGAAAUGACAGCAAAUGGCUCCGGAGGCUAUGGAUGGAAACACAAUUUAAGCACUGGAACAGGUUCAAAUAACUUUUCGAUUGCAUGAAAGUUUAAUUAGACCUGAAAAACUUGCAAAAUUCUCUGCAAAAUCAGAAAUGUUGCAACGUGUACCAUAGACUUAGGGACUCUAGUGUUAAUGACAUAGGGCAUAAAGCUCUAUUUUAGUUUUAACAAAUGCUUGUUACAAAGUAAAAGUUCUUUUAAAUCUGGUGUCCAAGGAUCUAUGCUAAUUUACAUGUGCUGGAAGCAUCUUUUGGCUCAUAAAUCUACAGGAGGAAAGAAUGUAUGGAAAACACUUAAACCACUGUCAAUUGCUGAGCUGCCCGUGAUCCUCUUAGCUUAUAGUCAAGUGAGCACUAUGGUUCCUCUAAAUAAAAUUACAUGGUGACCAUGCAACAUAGGCUUGCUACAUUUAAUUGAAGACAAAGCAUGAUUACUGCUAGCACCAGUGAUUAUCUUUUCCUCCCCACAGCAGGUAAUGAUGGCAGAAGAUGAGGCUGAAGUUGGCUAAAGAUGUGGCAUCAACUCAAUAGCUGUCUGGGCUCAACCAAACAGCCACUAAUGGAAAGGGUCAUCCUUUCCAUUACCAUGAAUGAUUGAGAGUUGGCUUACUGUAUGGUUGACUUUGCCUAAGCAUUUUGGAAAAUUCAAUAGCAUGUGUAGCCAAAGAGCUCAUUUGCUAAUUAAAAUAGAACAAUCAUUCUGAAUGCAAUACAACCAACGGGUAUGUUGCAAGUUACUAAUUAGUAUUGGUGGGCAUGAGUAUGCAUCAUGAUCAAAUGAGUUUGGAAUUAAUGAGUUAAAUAAACUUAACCUGGUUUCUUGAAUUAGGCCUACUCGAAGCCUUUAAUAUGUACAUGUGUAUUGUGAAUUAUCUGAAGGGUUCUGGGCUUGGGUAAAUGGUAAUGAAGUUCCUAUUCAUAGAGGUAGGGAAGGCUUGAGGAAAGGUAAAUUUAAUUUUAAUUUUGUUAGGGGGCAUCUUGUCUGAGAUGAUGAUAAGUUCUACUUUGCACGUCCUGGGGUUGACAUGGCAUUGGCAAUGGAAAGAUGGCAAAGAGAAAGUCCAGCACGAUUCAUUUUACCGUUUUGUACAUUGAACUUUUGUGUGUGGUUUUGUUUAAAGAGAGAAUUAUGCUGGUAAAACAAAACAAAAAACAAAGAUAAGCGAUAAGAAAGAGAGAAA